UUGAAAUAGAGUGGGUGUGUGUGAUUUUACCAUUGGCCAAGAAAGAUAAGCAAGCAAAAGAGAAGAGCUUUUUGUACUUGUUUCCCUUGUUAUGUCUAAUUUUAUUUGGUGUGUAAAUGUAAUGUGCUUAUUUUAUCCUAAAUUUAAUUAUACUUAUAAAUGGAAGUUAAAGUAACUGGUGAAGCAGAUAGUUAUAACAACAAAUGAGAUUGAGAAGUUCAAAAUGCUCAUAUUUUGGAAAGUUUAGCCUAGAAAUUUUUAUAAAUCUACAAGAGGUUAUCGCCGGCGGGCUCUUGAGUUAUGGUUUCUGUGGUCUCGGAUAAGUGUCUAUUAAACAUUGGCCUUUUGAUUCUAAAUAUUAUUCAUUAUCUGUACUCAGUAUAUGCAUUUAUCAACUCAGUUAUUAUCGAUUUUUCUCUAAGAACUAGAACACUUUGCAUUUGGCUAGGGUUAUUUCCAAAACAAAACUAUUAUUUGUCCAGUGCUAAAUACAUUUCAUCAUUGAGAAAAAUUCCAAGACAUUUAGUUAUAAUAAUAGGCUGUGAAAGUGUUGUAUAUAACGAUUUAGUAAAAAUAGUGUUGUGGUGUAAUCAACUAGGUAUAAAGCAUAUUAGCUUCUAUGAGCAAAAUGAUGAUAUCGAACCACUAAAGCUGUAUGAAGCAAUAUGUAGACAGAAUAAGGAAAAUCUGAAAAUAAUCAAAUGGGGAAGAUCCUUCGACCUCGUAAGAGAAAAGGCUAAGCGGGAUAUUAAUGGCUACAUCUGGAGGCCAGAGUUGCAAGUGGACGUGUUCAGAAUAGCGGACGGCCAUUGGCUGGUGGCGGAGCUGAGCGCUGCACUGAGCCGCAGCCGAGAGGUGACCGCCUCCCAGGUCACGCAGCCCUUCCUCGAGCGGGAGAUGAGUCAGCUGAUAGAGGCUCCCGACCCUGACCUCGCCAUAGUGUGUGGCCCUGCCUGCUCCACCUUCGGGUUCCCGCCCUGGCAGCUGCGUGUCACCGAGUUCCAGCACUUACAGACACAUCACAAAAUCAAAUUCAGAAAUUUCGUUUCGCUGCUGCAUAGAUACAGUAAUUGUGAACAAAGGUUUGGUAAAUAGCAACUAUGCCCAUUCCAUUCAGCCAUAAAUUACCUUCCAGAUAAAACUGGAACAUUUUUUCUUAAAUACUGUAACUUAUUACAUUUAUAUGAUUGUAUAUAAUGUACAAUACAAUAAUUAAUCUACUGUAAAUUAUAAAUAUUUUUAUGUGAAUGGUGGUCAGUCGUCUAUCCGUUUGAUACAAACUACUGUAGAACGAAUUAGUAAAUACCUACUGUUGAAGAUCAACAAUGUAAAACAUCUUCCAUGAAUAAAUUUUUACACAUUUUUAUUCAUUUGUUUGAGUUGAGCCUUUCUUCCACAAUAGAAAUGAGUUGAGCCCAGUUAAAUAUAUAAUUUCAAUCUAAAUCACAGACUGUAUACUUUCUUUGAGCGUUAGAAAUAAUAUUAUGAAAUAUUUUUAUUCCAUAAAUUUUAUAAAAUGGCAUUGAAUUUUACAGUUCAUUGCACUGAGAUUGUGUAAGUUACAGAGGAUUAUAUAAUUUACAGUAAAUUUUUUUGAAAACUCAGUGCUUUCUACUAUAGUGAGGUCCACGUUAUAAUGGCAGUGUUAGGUUAGACAGUAUUGCUAUCCUUGUCUAUCAUUCAACAAAGCAGAUAGCGCUAUCUUUUUCUCGCUUUGCUUAGUUUCCUGAUCGUCUUUCAACAAUGUAGAAUAAAUAAUAAAUUGACAAAAUAUUUCAUCCUAAUUAUGAAAUCAUUGAAAAAUAUAAUUUCUUGGUUAAUAAAAUAUAAUUGAUUAUUUUAAACGAGAAUGAACCGUUAAUAUUACAUCAAUCAACCUGUAUCAGCUACCGUCUAUAGAAAGUAUUGACAUGACAGAGGAUCGGCAACGUUGUUCUCCUAUCUUUCUACCCUGCCAUUACAACGAGGACCUCACUAUAGCGAUUAUUGUAUAUUCUAUGGACAAAGUUGCGUUUUUCACAAUAGUUCUGUUACAUAUCCUAUUUUACGAACUACGAACAAAAUUAAUUUUGUCUUGAAUUUUUGUAUACGCAAGAUAUUAUUUAUAAUAAUAAAUCACUGACAAUGCCACUUCACAAUAACAAUCUUGUGUUAAGUUCUAGUAGUGCAGUUUCAAUGUCACUAAAGUUUUUAAUAUCAGUUUAUUUCUAAUUACAAUGUUGUUUUACAUUGAACAUGACUUGAAUUAUCGUAGUUCCCUUUGUUUCUAUUAAAGAUAAAAUAGAUUUUUAAUGUAUAUUUUAGUAGCCUAGAUUUAUUUCGGAAUGUGGUGAAUGUACUGUUACAAUAAAAUAAAUGUGAUAUGGUAAGCUUGUUUUCCCCACUAGCUUGUAAGUUGGAGUGUUAGUGUUUCAUUGUCAGUCUUUAGGGUGUAUGUUGAAUAAAGGAAAUGUUUAUAGAAUUGA